AACCCGCAGCUCCUCCGCACGGCACCGGCGUCACUGCGCACACGGAGCCAGUUUAAACACGGAGCGGAGUGACCUUCUCGGCUUCAGUCCGAGUCUCCACCGGUCCCACCGACACUAGCGCUCCAGCCUCAGACAUGAACAACAACUUAGUGGGAGAUGAAGUCGGGAAACUUUUUGUUGGAGGCUUGGACUGGAGUACAACACAAGAAACCCUCCGAAACUACUUCUCGCAGUAUGGAGAGGUAGUAGACUGUGUCAUCAUGAAGGACAAAACUACAAAUCAGUCACGAGGCUUCGGCUUUGUCAAAUUUAAAGACCCAAAUUGUGUCCGAAGUGUGCUGGAGACCAAGCCCCACAGUCUAGAUGGUAGAAAUAUUGACCCGAAGCCAUGCACUCCCAGAGGAAUGCAGCCGGAAAAGUCUCGUACUAAGGAGGGCUGGAAGGGCAGCAAAGCUGAUAGCAAUAAAUCUAAGAAGAUAUUUGUAGGCGGCAUCCCCCAUAACUGCGGAGAGCCUGAACUCAGGGACUAUUUCAAUCGAUUCGGAGUGGUCACAGAGGUGGUAAUGAUCUAUGAUGCGGAGAAGCAGAGGCCCCGAGGUUUUGGAUUUAUUACUUUCGAGGCCGAACAAUCAGUGGACCAGGCUGUCAACAUGCAUUUUCACGACAUCAUGGGCAAAAAAGUGGAAGUGAAAAAAGCCGAACCUCGUGACAGUAAAGCUCCAGGGCAGCUGGGCCCGGGCCAGUGGGCUCCCAGGGGCAUCCUGACUGCAGCCAAUGGGUGGACAGCACAACCUGCCCAGAGCUGGACACAGGCGUACGGUCCACAGGGAGUGUGGGUAUCAACUACAGGCCAGCCCAUAGGUGGCUACGCUCCAGCACUGACAGCCGCUCGAGGGACCCCCACACAGCCCCCUUCACCUUUCAAUGCCUUCCUGGUGACCACUCCAGCGGCCAGCUUCGCACCUCAGGGCUAUCCUCAGCAGGGCUACAGCACAGCACCACAGUUCGCAGGUUACAGUUUUGCCACAGCGCAGGCCGAGCAGUUCGCCGCACAGGUCCCUCCUCCCCCCACCACUCCUGGGACCGCUCCUCUGGGCUUUGCUCCGGCCACCACACCAACUCAGGACCUCAGCAAGGCGCCGACCGGCCAACCCGAGUUCCCCUACAGCCAGUAUGGCCUUGGUAACUACCCCCAGGACCCCUCGGCCUACGGACCCACACGCCCCACUCACACUUAUGGUCAGGAAGAGCAGGGAGGCUAUAGCGCAGGUUAUGGCCAGGAGCUGACAGCGUUCACCCACAGUUUUGCAGACCCCACACAGCCCCCCGCCUCCUACGGCACACCAACAGCACAGGCACCUGCUCCCGCCCCUCAGCCCGCCCCCAGCGCCUUCGGACGGGGACAGAACCACAACGUACAGGGCUUCCACCCGUACAGGCGCUGACCCCACGCUCCGCCCGCGCCACAGGGACUACUGCAGGAGGCAGGGACAUGUGUGACACAUGUCUAACACAUAUGUCACACAUGCGGGCUGUUGGCAAACACUGUAUGCACAGGUGUGGCGGCGCAGGUGUGUCUCACAGGUGCGCAGUCGCACAGGUGUGGUGGCACAGGUGAUGUCACACAGGUGAUGUCACACAGGGAUCCAGGACUUUUCAGUGGCUCUAAAGACCGUCAGCAGAAAAAGCUUUUCCCCCUCCCCUCCUCCGUGUUUUAUAGUAGAACUACUUUGCAAUAAUUUUGAUUGUCUGGUCAAACACUAGCACAGAGAAUAUAUGUGAAGAGACUUGAUAAAAUGUAUGUAUAUUUAUGGUGGACAAAAAGUCAAAACAGGGUCUCAAGUUUUCUCAGCUUUAAAUUCUUGGGAAAAUGUUUUUAUUUUUCAUUUGAUGAAUUUUGUUUACUUUCUGAGCCUUUAAAGUUUGUUUAAAAUGGAGAUUAUGAAUAUAUAUUAUACACAAACUGUGCAAUUUUUUAAAAAGAGAAUUUUGUACUAUAAAUGUACACUUUGCUUGUUUUUUAUUUAAAGAUGUAGACUUCCCUCAGGUGGCUGUUCGGGUGCAUUUUGCACUUAUGCAAAAAGAAAAAAGGACAAAUUAUUACAAAAUAAAUGUUUUAACAAAGCUA